AUGGCUCAACAAGGAAUCUUCAACUCCACCUACUACGGCAAGGAUUACCGGGCUGGCGCUGCCCUUUUGCGCGCCCGCCGCCCAUACCUCUUCAAGAACGCCGUUACGGGCCUUGGACUUUUCGCUUUCACGGCGGCUGUUUACACCUACACUCUCAAGGCUGUCGGCCAAGAAGAGUUCGAUGACGUGAAGGUCCCCGAUGCCCCGGCCACCAAGAAAUGA